GUCCGCUCGCGGGGACGGCGGACGGGCAGGCGGGCGGGGCCGUUGAUGCUCGUGAGCGGCGGCGUGUGAUGAGCGGAGGCUGCGGGGGCGAGGAGGCGUCGCGUGGGCACGGCGGCGGGGUCGGGGACGGCGACGGGGACGACCCGUCAACCUUGGCUACGCUUCGCGGUGGCGCUCGCCUGGUGCGGAAUAUUAUACUCGCCGCCGCCUCGUGCCGCUUACUUUAGGCGGAAAGGGGAGAGCUUUCCUAGCCUAGCUGCUGCUUCCUAGUUGGUAAAAGGUGGAGGUGGGAGAAGGGGGAGGCGGAUAUUCGUGUAUCUGGAGUUAGCGACAGAUUUGGAUCGGGAUCUCGCCGGGAUGAAGGAUCAGGGAUCAUCCGGCGUCUCUCCCGGCCCGGCCGAAGGGGAGAAGAAAGCCAUCAAUUCGGAGCUAUGGCACGCCUGUGCCGGGCCUCUGGUGUCUCUGCCGCCGGUUGGCAGUCUCGUCGUGUACUUUCCGCAGGGUCAUAGCGAACAGGUUGCUGCUUCUAUGAAUAAGGAGUUGGACAACAUCCCUGGUUACCCGUCUCUUCCGUCUAAGCUGAUCUGCAAACUUCUGAGUCUCACCUUACAUGCAGAUUCUGAAACUGAUGAAGUUUAUGCUCAGAUGACACUUCAACCGGUCAACAAAUAUGAGCGAGAUGCAAUGCUGGCAUCUGAACUGGGCCUGAAGCAAAACAAGCAACCAGCGGAGUUCUUUUGCAAAACGCUGACGGCAAGUGACACAAGCACCCAUGGUGGAUUUUCAGUGCCACGUCGUGCAGCGGAGAAGAUAUUUCCACCACUAGACUUUACCAUGCAACCACCAGCACAAGAGCUCAGUGCCAAGGAUCUGCAUGAUAUUUCAUGGAAAUUCCGACACAUUUACCGAGGUCAACCAAAGAGGCACCUUCUGACAACUGGUUGGAGUGUCUUUGUCAGCACAAAAAGGCUUUUAGCGGGCGAUUCAGUUCUGUUUAUAAGGGAUGAGAAAUCUCAGCUUCUGCUAGGCAUACGCCGUGCUACAAGACCCCAACCAGCUCUGUCAUCAUCAGUUUUAUCAAGUGAUAGCAUGCACAUUGGUAUUCUAGCUGCAGCAGCACAUGCCGCUGCAAAUAGUAGCCCAUUUACUAUUUUCUACAAUCCAAGGGCGAGCCCAUCAGAAUUUGUCAUUCCUUUAGCAAAAUAUAACAAGGCUCUGUAUACACAAGUGUCUCUUGGAAUGCGGUUCAGAAUGCUGUUUGAGACGGAGGAUUCAGGGGUCCGAAGAUACAUGGGAACAAUCACAGGUAUUGGCGACUUGGAUCAAGCGCGCUGGAAGAAUUCUCAUUGGCGAAACCUUCAGGUUGGUUGGGAUGAAUCAACCGCAUCUGAGAGGCGCACUCGUGUUUCAAUAUGGGAGAUUGAACCAGUUGCCACGCCCUUUUAUAUUUGCCCACCACCAUUUUUCAGGCCAAAACUUCCUAAGCAGCCAGGAAUGCCAGAUGAUGAAAAUGAGGUUGAAAGCGCUUUCAAAAGAGCCAUGCCGUGGCUUGCUGAUGACUUUGCCCUGAAAGAUGUGCAAAGUGCACUACUUCCAGGCCUGAGCCUAGUUCAAUGGAUGGCUAUGCAGCAGAAUCCACAGAUGCUAACGGCUGCAUCCCCAACAGUGCAGUCACCAUACUUGACCCCCAACGUGUUGGCUAUGCAGGAUGUGAUGGGCAAUAGCAAUGAGGACCCAACGAAAAGAUUGAAUGCACAGUCCCAAAAUAUCGUUUUACCUAAUUUACAGGUUGGCUCAAAAGUUGAUCACCCUGUAAUGUCUCAACAUCAGCAGCAGCCACACCAACUAUCACAACAGCAGGUCCAGCCAUCACAGCAAAGUUCUGUGAUUUUACAGCAACAUCAAGCCCAGUUGCUGCAGCAGAACACGAUUCAAUUGCAGCAGCACCAAGAACAUCUCCAGCGACAGCAGUCACAACCAGCACAGCAGUUUAAGGCUGCUGCAAGUCUGCAUUCAGUGGAACAGCACAAGCUGAAAGAACAGACUUCAGGUGGACAGGUUGCCUCGCAAGCACAGCUGUUAAACCAGAUUUUCCCACCAUCUUCGUCUCAGCUACAACAGUUAGGUUUACCCAAGUCACCUACCCAGCGCCAGGGGCUGACAGGAUUACCGAGUUCAGGUUCUUUGCAGCAGUCCACACUAACUCAGACAUCACAAGUCCAGCAGGCAACAGAAUAUCAGCAGGCUCUCCUACAGAGUCAGCAACAGCAAUUACAACAGCUAUCACAACCAGAAGUGCAGCUGCAGCUGCUUCAAAAGAUACAACAGCAAAACAUGCUAUCUCAGCUGAAUCCGCAACACCAAUCCCAGUUGAUUCAACAAUUAUCUCAGAAAAGCCAGGAAAUUCUCCAGCAACAAAUUUUACAACAUCAAUUUGGUGGUUCUGAUGCUAUGGGUCAACUUAAGCAAUCACCGUCACAGCAAGCCCCUUUAAACCACAUCACAGGAUCUUUGACGCCCCAGCAACUUGUCAGGUCACACUCAGCACUUGCUGAGAGUGGGGAUCCAUCCAGUUCAACUGCUCCAUCUGCUAGCCGUAUUUCUCCAUUAAAUUCACUGAGUAGAGCACACCAAGGAAGCAGAAAUUUAACUGACAUGGUGGCAACACCACAAAUUGACAACUUAUUCCAGGAAAUUCAAAGCAAGCCAGACAAUCGAUUAAAGAAUGACAUACAGAGCAAAGAACCAGUCUCUGUUCCCAGUCGGCAUCCAGUUUCUGAUCAACUUGAUGCAUCUUCUGCUACCUCCUUUUGUUUAGAUGAGAGUCCACGAGAAGGCUUUUCUUUUCCUCCAGUUUGUUUGGAUAACAAUGUUCAAGUUGAUCCAAGAGAUAACUUCCUUAUCGCGGAAAAUGUAGACGCAUUGAUGCCAGAUGCCCUACUGUCAAGAGGGAUGGCUUCAGGAAAGGGCAUGUGCACUCUGACUUCUGGACAAAGGGAUCACAGGGAUGUUGAGAAUGAGUUAUCAUCUGCUGCAUUCAGCUCCCAGUCAUUUGGUGUGCCUGAUAUGUCCUUUAAGCCUGGAUGUUCAAGUGACGUUGCCGUCACCGAUGCUGGAUUGCCAAGCCAAGGAUUGUGGAAUAAUCAAACACAGCGGAUGAGAACUUUCACUAAGGUUCAAAAGCGUGGAUCCGUGGGGAGAUCAAUCGAUAUCACAAGAUAUCGAGAUUAUGAUGAACUUCGGCAUGAUCUUGCAUGCAUGUUUGGUAUCCAAGGUCAGCUUGAAGAUCCCUAUAGGAUGGAUUGGAAGCUAGUCUAUGUUGAUCACGAGAACGAUAUCCUUCUUGUUGGCGACGACCCCUGGGAGGAAUUUGUGGGCUGUGUGAAGAGCAUCAAAAUACUAUCAGCUGCUGAAGUACAACAAAUGAGCUUGGAUGGUGACCUUGGUGGCGUCCCUUCACAAACACAGGCCUGUAGUGCUUCUGAUGAUGCAAAUGCAUGGAGAGGCUCCUGACGUAAAUACUAAAAACUAUCUAUCCUUCUUACAAUUCUUUUUUAAGGAUACUGGAGAGAUCUAAGGAUGAAAUACACACCUAGUGAUCUAGAGCCAACUCACUGACAAGUUGAUCAAAAUGCUUCGGUUCAGGCGGAAGAUGUUCAGUGAACCGUCUCAUCUCGGAGCUCUUGACAUUUUGUUCACACUUAAAUUGGGGCAACCUAUCCUCAUAGUCAUAGUCAGAUUAAUUUCUUCCUUUUUUUCUUUGCAUACAGAACUGAUUUUCAUAAGCUACCUAUGUUUAUCUGGGACAUCUGUUCAUUGUAAUCUUACAAGUUCAUAAGCAAUCUGACCGUAUAUACAAUGCUGUUUCUGUAUCUCCUAAUGUAAUGGUUCUAUUGGUGUUUCCACUACAGAAGUAAAAUAGUUCUAUGGCCAAAGUCAUUCAAAUGUCCGAAUGGUACAACACUUUUGCCUCCUUUUUUACGAGGGUGAUGAAAUAAUUUGUUCCUUAAAAAGGUUAUUUUCUGCUCUUUGUAUCAGUUCCCAGGACUCAGUAAUUGAC